AUGGUCGUCAUGCAGGAGCAUGCUGCAAUCACCGAUACUCCAGCGGUCUCUGCGGUUUCCUACCUUGGUCUCCAGUUAUUCCAGAACCGCCACGGAAACGCAUUUACUCCCUUAACCAAUGCUACACUUCGGACUCACAGCAAUUAUUUCGCUCUCAUCCCCCACAUCCAGUUCCUCACAGUCUUGCCCUCCAAGACCAUCACCCUCCAGCCCAAUGGCGGCUUUCUUCUUGACCAGGAAUUUUUACCACUUGUCAGACCUCUCUCUAUGCAAUCCACGGAGCUUGAGAAGGCGUUGAAAUUGUGGAAAGGGAGGAAGAAGGAUGAGGGAGACUUGGAAUUGGCUGAUGCCAUGGUGAUGUUGAAUACCUGUCGUAGUUGGAUUACCGCCUCAGUGUCUUCGGCUAAUGCACCUUUCGGGGAUUCAGAACGACUAACAUGUCCGAUUGGUGACGAAAGAGGGCCAGUCUGA